ACUCGCGCUGACCUUAAGUGUAUUCGCUUCGCAGCCUAUUUCGUCUCCACCAUGCAGUAAAUGGAAAAUUACCAUUAUCCUCUGCAAAAUAUUUUUGUUCAUAACCCUUUCUCAUGUAUCAUACCCCUUCCACAAGGAAACGAAAGUUCGUUUUUCAGUGUCCCUGUGCCCUUAUCAUCUCAACCCAAACGGGGGCCGCUUCUUCAAGAUCCAUCUACAACCUUCAAUCCACCAACAAGCAGUAUAUCGAGUUCAUUUACAUAAAGUGUGUUUAUUAGGUCCUUCAAAUGAUAUCAUACAAACGUCAUUAUGUGAAGUAAAUUUGGAUGAUGUCCCGAUGGAAAUUGUUACUUCCGAGGAAGACUCGGGAUCAGAAUAUGCUGAUGCUUUCCUCUCCGCAUAUACAGAGUCCGAGGAUCCAGUUGUUCAGAACUGCUCAGCAGAAUUAGAUGAAAUUGAACUCAGAAGUCGUGCACUAAGGAGUAUGCUGCUCCAGAAAAAAACCGCUUCAGGGAAUAAAACUCAACCGAAAACUGAUCUCACACUGCUCCAUAACUUACCUGAAGUCAGGAAUUCGUUUUCAAAAGUCAAGGCAUCAUGUGAUUCAUCAACUCUUAAACAUAAGCAGAAAUUUAUAAUUACGUUACAUGAAUCAUCAGAUAGCGAUGACUCACUUAGUCAACCUGUUGGUGCUGUUUUCAAGGGUUCAACAGCAAAAAGAUGCGCUUCUAAGCCUCCUAUUAACAUGGAUAUUCCUAAUCAGUCAAAGAAAAUCAGUCGUUUUCAUCAAGAAGAAAAAAUGUUGUUGCAAAGAAAAAUGGAGCUUCUCCGACUGAAACUAACUGUUAAACGUCAACAACACUUGAUAGAUGAACGACGUAAAAUCGUUCGGAAGUUAUCGACCACGUUAUCAGAACUUCGUAGGCGCAGUAAGCAUACAGCUUUGUUGUAUAAAGAAGCUAGUAAGUCUCUUGUCAAGGCCCAACGUACAAAUGCUACUUAUCAGCGAAAACUGGCUUCAGCCCAAAAAUUAUAUUCAGAUGUGCUUAAUUCUGUAAACCGCUCCACUGCGGACAUAAUACAAACAGGUUUUGCUUUAUCAUCUGUAAAUCUACGCAGAGAUCUUAUUAUUUUGUCUCUAGAUGUUCUACAAAGAGCGAAAGUGGUUACGUGGUUUCUUGUUCACUAUCAUUUUAACCCAACUACAUCAAAGUUUAACAUGAAAAGUGUGAAGCCGGUGGCAACAGUAAAACCAAGUUCAGAAACCUUGCUGGAAUUCGAUCCAUUCCGCCCGAUUUGCCCAUUUUUUCUCGAUGGUGAAUGUCUAGAUAAAACAUGUAUAUUUCAGCAUCCCAAAAAUUCAACUGUUAUAAAAGCAAAAUCGAAAACUUUUUCCCCUUUAUUCAUGGUUAGCACGGAUGUUGUGUCUCUGCUUGGUGAGGAAAAUAAAGGGAGAUAUGAUGACGUGUAUUGUGAAGUGUGCAAAGAAAAUUUGGUCAUGUCUGCAUCAGAUUUCUCUCAGUCAUCAGCAAUACAACGUUGGCAUACAGCUUAUCUUGCAUAUUUACGUUCAGAACCAAAAAGCUCGGCCUUCCUUCAUAAAUUCUCAAGCGACCUCGAAAAUUCCUCAUUCCCUGCAGAUUUAUGUGCCCAUCUAGUAUUCGGACUUUUGUUAUGUUCUAAUAUGGAUCCAAUAACAGUUAAGCAAAAGCUUUUUGAUUGCCUAAAAGCCUCCAGUUUUCCAUUGAAUGCUUGUAGAUUAGCAUUACGACAUCCCAAUUUAAGCAUACCAAUCCGCAGAUCAAUAAUUAAAUUGUCUGUUGAAUAUAUAACUCUUCAAUUCCAGCAAGAUGCACAAGCAAGUCAAGAAUCAAAGUUUGAGUCAUCUUUCGCGUACUUCGUUUAUCAGUGGUGUUUGCUUGAACAAGAACUUGGUUUACAUAACAAGGUAAUUACCAUCCUAAAACAUACUCUCAAAUCAUUACCUACGGAGAACAAGCUAAUUUAUUUCUUGUGGUGGUUACGAUUAUAUCACCAACUAAAUGGUACUUUACCCCAUGAAAACCUAUUUUCUACCGCCAAUUCACCAUGCUUCUCCAAACCAGUCCUCUUAUCUAACCUGGAAAUUAUUGAAAUGGCAGCCACUGAAACUGGUAUUUCUAAAAAUUUAUCUCAAUUACUGGAAUCAUUUGAAACAAUUAAAAAUGAUAUUAGCUUCACUUGCUUUCUGUAUAUCACUCAUUUAUACAUUCAAACUCUUAAUGCAGAUUCCAAAUUUAAAAGUGCAGCAGAUAUAGCACUGACAGUAGCAUUACAUUCCCCUGAGUUUGUAGAUGAUUUAUUUUUCCCAUCUGCAGUAUAUUCUUUAUUUUCCUUAGAUUCAUCUCUUGACUGGACAAGCUUGAUUAGUAAUGUGUCUGACAAAUUACGAGUCAACCUUAAUUUAGCCCAUCGAAUUGAAUUUGGAUUCUUGAUAACAUGUUUAAAUUGGCGUAGAAAAACAUUAAAUUCUACGGAGUUUCAUCUUAUUGAGUGUUUAGGCAAUUUAAUCUUUCUUCCAAAAGAUGAUUGCGAAAGUGUUAUUUCAGCGUAUGAAAAUUUGUUGAAUAUAAAGUCCAGUAAUAGCAGUCUUGUUAACUUUAAAGUGUGUCCACGAAGUUCCACAUAUUUAUGGCUCAGUUAUUGUCUGUAUACCACUAUCCAUUGCCUAAAUUACGGUGAAGUUUUAGACCACUUAAUUAGUCACUAUAAGUCAUGCAUCAUGAGUUGUGCAAACGAAGAUCCAAAUUAUGUUUUCAUUCGUCUUUUAGCCCUAAUGAGUCUAUUAUUAGCAAGUCAUGUGAAUCAGUUAGAUAGUUCAACUUAUCCUACUGUCAUAAAGUUACUGUUCAUCGAUAACCCUUUCAAGUUGGAUCGUAAGUUACUUCCAGCGUACUUUCUUGAGUUGAUUCAACAAAUUAACUUAGGUCUUCUUCCUUCUGGAAUUCGUCACGAUAUAUGUGUACAACUUGUUGAAAUAUAUGGUGCUUCUCUGGUUCCCUCUUUGUGUCGGACUUUGUGUGCUCUAGGUGACCACUUUUUAGCUCAAAGUCUGUGUGCAAUCGGAUGUUUAGAUAGACCUGAUAAUGAAGACUUCUGGCUUUUGUAUGCUUCGACAACAUUUAAAACUCUUUCACAUAUACGAUCAUCUGAACAGUUAUCAACUCUUCUAGAAAUUCUAAUAAAUGCAACUUCUGCGGUGACUUCAAGUUCUCGACUUUGGAAAUAUUAUGCACUUGCUGUUCGCAUUGCCAAGGUAUCAGUAGAGCAAAUAACGAGCCGUGCAAAGUCUGUUGGAAUGUAUGAUCUCAUUUCUAGUAGUCUGAACGAUGACAAUCCUACGAAAUUUUUAUCAGAACUUGGACUCCUCUGUGAUGAAAGAUCUAUGGACAGAAAAUGUUAGAAUUAAACCAUAAAAGUAAGUUAGUUUAGAAAAAUAAUAGUGUAACAUCCUUAUUUUCAAAGUUCACUUUGAUAGUUUUAUAUCCAGUCUUUUAAUAAAAUGGUUCUCAUUUUAUUUAUUGUAUUUGUUCAACUAACCGUUUAUUUAUCUGCUCUUUGGUAGUUUACAACGUUUAUUUUUCUCAAACUUACUGCAGGCCAUUUUGUCAAGUUUAAUAGAGAGCCAACCAUUGUUAAUUUCUGGAAAAGUAGUCUAAUGUUUGGUUUGGUGAACAUUUGUUGAUACAGCAUUGAAUAACAAACGUAACCUAUCACUAGAGGACUUAGUUAAACUAGUUUGAAACCUGUCACUAGCUCAGGUACAUUUAUUCUUUUAUUUUCUUCAAUCCCGAGAAAAACACUAUCACAUACUUCCCAUCCCCAAAUCUCAAUCGUCCCUUUUAAACUGUCUAAUAUGUGUAGUUUUCUGCAAAGAUAAGUAUUUUAAUUUUUACUUCUCUGGUCUUAUCUUAGUAAAUGUAAUUUUUGAGGAUUUAGACUGACAUAAAUUUUUGCCGAAUUACACACUCUUUUUACUUCUAUCUGUCAAUUAGAGUAAUACCAACCUAAUUUGUUGCUUCUGGAGAAAUGGGAUUUUUUUUAUAUCCAUUAGAUAGUAUAGACUUUUUAUGGAGUGCUUCUCCAGAAUCUUCGGUUUAUGCUUACUGAAUUGUUACAAAUUUCCUGAGAUUCGCUACAAACAGCAUGUUAAAUACAGUGAAUUUAAGCACAUUGCUCAACACAAACUCACUAUUAGUGCUUGAUAAAUAAUGUCAGUUGAUGAACACAAUAUAAGUAUUGGAUUAGUUUUCUGAAAUAUUUUCGGAAUCCAGUACUCUUUGCUUCUGUCUGGCUGACAAUUGCUGGGACAGAUCGUUUUUGUAUGUUCAAACUUAUUUAUCCCGUUUUUGUAAUUCAUUGCUGUCUGGCUAAAUGUGACUGCAUAUUUUUGUCUGCACGUGUUUAAGCAGAUUUAAUAGCAACAUCACAUAAUUUCAACCUACCUUUGAUUAGACCUGUCUACUUUCAUACAUUUUUAUGUGCUCCCUAACUCUAAAUUGUUGUUUUCGACAGUUUAUAGUCAGUCGAAUGUUUUUGCGUUCCUUUCUAUGUCUUCUGUUAUUGUUUUCCACCCACUUUAGGAUUUCAUCUAUGUAUUGGCAUCAAGUAGUCUGUUCAUAAAUUCCAUCUAGGUUACUUUCCUAACGAAUUCCAUUUUCAAGCUAACUGAUAGGACAGAUGGAUAGUAGCUAGCAGUGGAAUCCAGGACGUGAGUUUCGUCCUAACAAAGCUUGUGAUCUAAGGCAGUAUCGAGGCAGUCCGCACAGGAUGCACGUAUGCCAAUGUGGGACUGAUUAAUUGCAGUCUUAAAUAACAAUGGGAAGAUACAAGUUAGCAACAUCAAGUGAAUUUAUAACUGAUAGGAGGAUUCCUCAUGUUAUAACGGUUGGGUUUACACGUAUGGAACGUUAAUUUACCUUAGACGAAUAUCUACACUAGAUUCCCUCCCAGUGUCUAUUCUACAGGACUUCAACGCAACUCAGAUCAAGAACACAUGAUUAGCCUGACCACAACGUAAUGUAUUUCCAUACCGAAACCCGACACAAUCAAACAACAAUGAACAAUCAAUAAUAAGUGAGUAAUAAUAAUAAGGAUUGGGGAAUAUAUAACUCAUCUGACAACUGUCAGACUAAGCAGACAACCAAUCAUUAUCAUUCUCGCCCACACAUCACCUCACUAAAGAGAAAUACAUUACACAUUGCCAUAAUAGUCUAGAGCGACAAAUAGCUGUAUAUUUUUAUUCACAAGGUAGAAAUUUACGAUUUCGAAAUAAUGAUAUCGAUAAUAAUAAGAGACGGAACAUCUAGAUUGUUCCGGAAGCAACGAAUGAAAUCGGCAAGUAAAGUGUAAUGUUGACCCUCAAGAUUCAGUUGAUAAAUGCAUUUCCAUCACUGCGACUUAUAAUGUCUUUACUUAUCAUCAUGGUAAUUUCCUCUCCCUCUGUGCUAUGGUGUGACAACUUCGAACCGGUAAGCUUUCGUGUCAAUUCCUACACUGAAGGUGACUACGACCAUUAAAUGUUUAUGUCACACACCCCGAUCAGAAACUAUGCAUGUUCCUGGAUUAUUGCACUUGAACUUCUAGUCUAUGCUUUUCUAGUUAAACUUUAGAUUCGGGAUUGUUUAAUAGAUAGUUGUUCUUGAAGAUUGUCUGAUUAGCUCUGCGUUCUGUGUAUGGGACCGGGUAUUUAGUGUCAUAGUUUUGGGUUUCUCACAUACUGCCAAAACAUAUCUGUCCUCAAAAUCCAAGCAGUUGCAACGUAAUGGGACAAGCUGAACAUUUCAGGUGUACAUAUAUCUCAUGAGCACAAAACGUUUCGACAUUUUCUGGGAUAGGUCAUUUGUUUUUGUUGAUAAUUUAAAAGAAAACUGGAAUAAGGAAGAUCUGUUUUAUGCUUUCAUAAUCGGUAGUAACAAGUGAAGUAUAGUUAUUGAUUUUGCUCAGAUUCUAUGACCGUAACUUAAAUUUCCUUCAUUAAUUUUAGGCAUUCAAUCAUCAUUACAAAAUUUUUUCCAGCCAAGUUAUUUUAAGUAAGUAUAGCUUUACUCAACUUUAUUGAUGAUGACGGUGUUAUUGUUGUUUCUUUUGUAGUUAUUGUGUUCAUAGUGAUAUUAUAGCAUUACAAAGGUUAUUUUUCAUUUAGUCAUUGUUCUGUAUAAAUUUUCAGGAGAGUCACAUACACAAAUAUUAAUGCUGCGAAAAUUUUGUUCUGGUAAGUGCUAUCUGUAGAGUCCGAUAGACCAGUAUGAAGAUCACUUUCGGUCACAAAUUGUACAUUAAUUUAUAUAUGUAAAUAAAGUUCCAUUUGUAAACAAUUACUCAAAGUCUUGUUCUCAAUUUUCACGAUGAAGUGCCAUGUUCGUUUUUGUCCUUAAGAUGAUUAACCUAAAAAUGAUAAUAUUGGUUUGAACUAAAUUUCACACGAGUCCCAUUAAUAAAGUGACGUGAAAAUACGUGACCAACUUUACAGAUUUUUAACAGGAUUUCCUAAUUACAAAAAUUCAGUUUAUUCAAAUAGAAUUGCUGUCAGAAUAGAUGGGUUAUAACGUCUCUGACUGGGUGAUACUGGCAAAAGCGGGUUCAUAUUUCACACGGAACACUAUUUUCCCCAAGAUUACAAAUACGCCUUGUUGACUAGUUCCAACUAGCAGGGAAGCUAAGUCUAAGACUUCAUGUUGACUGUUUCCAACCAUUUAACUUGACGAACUCGCAUCAAUGCCCCCUGUGUAUUGUGUACGCUGUUCGGUAAGAUCAUGAUCAUUCUUAGGCGAUGAGAGCAAAUUAGAGAUAAGACAAUAAAAUUGAUUGUAGUGUAGUGAAUUUCGAAUAUCAAUCUUACACUUGCGCUCAUCAGUUUUCUAGAUUUGCUAACAAUGUCGGGACGAACUUGUCCAACCUUCGAUUCGCAUUAGUUUGAAAUGAGGUGGCUAAAUAUCAGUAGUAGACAGUGAUCCGCGCUUACUACAUAACAGUUAUUGAUCCAGUUAAAUACCCAACUUUGGUAGAUUGACAAAAUCAAAACAUAUGAGUUUU